GAUAGAUAGGCAUAAGAGAAGCAACAGCUCCAUAUCCCUCCAUGCAACAAUUCAUCAUAAAUUAAUUGAACGUUUCAUAAUUUUACACGGACAUCUUUCUUCAGCACUUUUUUCCCCAUGCACAAAACACACUAUUAGUAAAUUCAACUCAAACCAUAACACAUACAUAUUUCAGGAAAAUUCAUCACAUAAUCACAUCAAAAGUUUAGUUCAACUCAACUCAAUUCAUCAACAUAUUCAUGGAUUUAGUGUUAUUAUCGUUAUUAUUAUUAUGUUUAAUUUCACAUUCACAUAGAAGCUAUGGUUCAAGUUCUUUCGGUUUUGACAUCCACCAUCGCUACUCCGAACCGGUCAAGGGUAUUUUCGGUAUUGACAACCUACCCGACCAAGGAACUCGUGAAUAUUACAUUGCUAUGGCCCACAGAGACCGUGGGUUUCACGCUCGCCGCCUCGCUGACGGCGCUGAUAUUGAUCAGAAACUUCUUACGUUUUAUCCUUAUAACUCCACAUACCAGAUUUCCAUGUUUGGAUAUUUGCAUUUUGCCAAUGUUUCUGUUGGAACACCGUCUUCAUCGUUCCUUGUUGCAUUGGAUACUGGAAGUGACUUGUUCUGGCUACCUUGCAAUUGUACCAAAUGUCUGCCUGCUGGUCUACAGACAUCAUCAGCACAGAAUUUUGAGUUUAACAUGUAUGAUAAUAGUAGAUCAUCCAGUAGUAAAAAUGUUGCCUGCAAUAGCAGCUUUUGUGAGCAGCCGGCACUUUGUUCUUCAUCUGGUGGCACUUGUCCAUAUCAAGUUCAAUAUCUAUCAGAAAAUACUUCAACUUCUGGUUUCUUGGUGGAAGAUGUGUUGCAUCUAAUUACAGAUCGUGGUGAUCAAACUAAACAUGCUAACCCGACGGUUACGCUUGGUUGUGGGCAAGUUCAGACUGGUGAUUUUCUGACUUGGGCUGCUCCAGAUGGCUUGCUUGGAUUAGGAAUGAGUGAUGUAUCUGUUCCAAGUGUGUUAGCCAAACAAGGGCUAACUUCAAAUUCUUUUUCAAUGUGUUUUCAUGAUGAUGGUUUUGGAAGAAUCACAUUUGGGGAUAAUAGUAAUAGUUUGGACCAAGGAAAAACACCAUUCUAUUCAACUUACAACAUCACUGUCACCCAAAUUAUUGUGGGAGAAAAUGUUGCUGAUCUCGAGUUCAAUGCAAUAUUUGACACUGGAACCUCAUUUACACACCUAAACAACCCGGCUUAUAAGCAAAUUACUCAAAGUUUUGAUUCAAACAUUAAACUCGAGAGGCAUUCAGCUUCUGAAUCUGAUGAGCUUCCCUUUGAGUACUGCUACAACACCAGCCCAAACCAGACGACGGAUCAAGUUCCCACGGUUAACCUAACGAUGAAAGGCGGAGACAGUUAUUUUGUCACGAAACCAACAAUGACGGAUAGUAACAACAGUGUUCUUUGUUUGGCUGUCUUGAAAACCAACGAUCUGGAUAUCAUUGGACAGAACUUCAUGACCGGUUACCGUAUAGUCUUCGAUCGCGAGAACAUGACUUUGGGUUGGAGACAAUCCAACUGUUAUGAUGAUGAACUCUCGAGUUUACCUGUUGACCAAUCGGACGCUCCUACUGGUUCUCCUGAUAUGGCUGUGAUUCCUGAAAGAACAUCUAACCAGUCUAAUGGUCCUGAAAUAAUACCAUCUAGUCACUCAUUAAAGAUAAAACCUGCUUUUGUAUUUACAGUGGCAAUUUUCUGCUUUUGGUCAUUUUUUGAGCAUACCUUUAGAUGUUAGGUGUUGUAUUAUUUAGAUUAGUACUAUUUUUUGCAGAAACACCCGGGUGUGUUUGGUUCAAA